UCGAUCGGCGCAAAAGCAAAGCGUGUGACCACUGAUCUGCGUGAGUGUGACGCGUAAGCCUGGCGAGCUGUGGUGGGAAAAGGCACACAUUGAACUGCAAGAACGAUGGCAAAAUUACUCUCUGGUAAUAGAAAUGGCAUUUCAAAAAUUGCUUGCCAGGCAAUGAGAGCAAGUUUGGCGGCUCGCUGCUACAGUCCUGCAAGCUCUGUUCCAAAUACGAAACUUCUGAUUGAUGGAAAGUUUAUUGAAUCACAGACCAAUGAAUGGAUACCACUUUAUAACCCAGCAACAAAUGAAGUGAUUGGCCAGGUACCCAAAGCAACCCAAGGUGAAAUGGAAGCAGCCGCAAAUGCUGCUGCCAAGGCUUUUCCUGCCUGGUCCAACACCUCCAUCCUCGCACGUCAGCAGAUAAUGUUCAAAUUCCAACAUCUUAUUAAAGAGAACAUGGAUAAACUGGCAGCAAAUGUUACUUUGGAACAAGGAAAGACCAUCCCAGAUGCUGAAGGAGAUGUCAUGAGAGGAUUACAGGUUGUCGAGCAUGCUUGCUCAGUCACGUCUUUGCAGCUUGGAGAAACUUUGCCAUCAAUCUCAAGAGACAUGGAUACCCAUUCCUACCGUGUCCCAAUUGGUGUUUGUGGUGGAGUUUGCCCAUUCAAUUUUCCUGCUAUGAUUCCUCUAUGGAUGUUCCCUCUGGCUAUUGUUUGUGGCAACACAUAUGUGAUGAAGCCUUCAGAGCAAGAUCCUGGGGCAGCAAUGAUGCUGGCCGAACUAGCUCAACAAGCAGGGGUGCCUGAUGGCGUUCUUAAUGUCAUCCAUGGUGCGAAGGAGUCCGUUGACUUCAUCUGCGACAAUCCUACCAUCAAGGCCAUUUCAUUCGUUGGAUCAGAUUUCGUUGGACAAUAUAUUUACGAAAGAGGAUCUAAAAAUGGAAAGAGAGUUCAGUCGAACAUGGGUGCGAAAAAUCAUGGUGUGGUAAUGCCUGAUGCUAACAAAGAAAUGACCCUUAACCAGUUGGUUGGGGCUGCCUUUGGCGCUGCAGGACAAAGGUGCAUGGCUCUUUCCACGGCUGUUUUUGUUGGUGAAGCAAAAGAAUGGAUUCCUGAACUUGUUGAAAGAGCAAGAAAGUUGAAAGUCAAUGCAGGUGACCAACCGGGGGCAGAUCUGGGUCCACUUAUAUCACCUGCAGCUAAGCAAAGGGUUCUCGAUCUUGUCCAGAGUGGCAUAGAUGAAGGGGCAAAGAUCGAUUUGGAUGGUCGUGGCAUCUCUGUUCCUGGCUACGAAAAGGGCAACUUUGUUGGACCCACAAUUCUUAGCGGUGUCAAGCCAAACAUGAAGUGUUACACAGAAGAAAUCUUUGGCCCUGUUUUGGUCAUUUUGGACACUGAUACUCUAGAUGAAGCAAUCGAAGUUGUUAAUUCGAACCCCUAUGGGAAUGGAACUGCAAUAUUCACUGCCUCUGGUGCCGUUGCUCGAAAAUACCGCGACAGUGUCGAUGUAGGACAGAUUGGAAUUAAUGUACCAAUUCCUGUUCCGCUUCCAAUGUUCUCGUUCACUGGAUCGCGUGGUUCUUUCCGUGGUGAUAUGAAUUUUUACGGCAAAGCUGGUAUUAACUUUUUCACACAAUUGAAGACAGUGACAAGCUUAUGGAGAGCAGAGGACACUUUGAGCAAAAAGGCGGAAGUAGCCUUCCCAAAACUUUAAUUUUAUGUAGUAGCGUCAGACGUACAUAGCCACUGAUAAGCUGUUUUUCAAUUGGCUACAUCAUCACACUGUAUUUGUAUCUUUACACGUGGGGACAUCUUGGGUGAAGUGGAUGUUGAGAUUUCUUCACCAGCUUUGUAUUUAUAACUGUUAAUUUCGUAUACUGAAUGAAUGCUUGUGAUUAAAUGAAUUAUUGUCA